AACAAAAACAGCCCUGUCGUAGCGUUGAUAAUCCCAAUAAGAAAAAAUGCACGCUUUUUGAGAAACUCACCUAACAACCCAUUCUCCUUUAAUUUUCAUCCCCAAGAAGUUUGGAGCAAGCAACAAAAGUUGUGUGAGAUAAAUUAUAAUUAUGGAGUACUCCAAAUCCAAGAAAAAAAAACAAAAAUUAGAGAAUCAAAAGCUCAUGAUGAAAAUUAGCUCAGCCAAAAAUGUCAGUGGCAUUGGUUGUGUCAUUUUGUUGGGUGGAGCAUUAAUAACAGCUGCUGCUAUGGGCUCUGCAUUCUUGGUUUCAAGAAAGCUCAAGAAAUCCACAAAUAAGAAUAUUACAAAGAAAAAGGGGAAUGAGAAAAUUGAAAAUGAAUCAAGUAAUAAAGGGUUUCAUUUUCUUCUACCUCAACAACAGCAACCUUCCAGCAAUGAGACUGACAAGUUAUGUGACAGUGAUUCUACCAUCUUGCUCUCCACUCCAUGCUUGAUUCAGGAUGGGAAGCCUAAGCUUGAUGAAAAAAGGGACAUCCUCAAUGCUAUAGUCUCUGAUUAUCCAAAAGAAGAAGGAAAGUCUCCAUCUUUCGAAGGAUUGCAGGAAGAAUUAGAGUUAUCGGAGACCAAGAUUUCAUUGCUCCCUGAUCCUGAUCAGGAACUGGAUGAGGUUUCUCGAGUAAGAAUCGAGGUAAUCCAAGGAAAUGAGAAGAUUGAGGUACUAUCGCAUGUGGAUCAAGCUCAAACGACAAUAUUCAGCAAUACUGCUUUGCAAAUGGAUAAUAAAAGGGAAUUCUUGGUACAUAAUGAUAAAGGAGAAUCAAAUGAGCUGCAACAUACUGGUGUGAUCGAGACGGAUAAUCUUGAGGAGGGUUUAAUUCAAGAACAAGAAAAACAAGCCAAGGGUGAUCAAGAAACCAGUACUUCUAAUGAGCAUGAACCACUGAACUCUGCCUUUGAAUUAAUGAAGGCAGCUGAUGAAGAUGAGGAUAAAGACCAUUUUCAGUGUAUGUAUAUUGAAGAACAAUGCGCUGAUGCAGAAACUCAGAUUGAUCAAAUUGCAAAGUUAUUUGACGAACGAAUGCAACUCAGUGAUGAAGAAGAGUGUGCCAAGCAGAAUGAUCAAGUAAAGUCCUGCUAUGUGGAGGCAACAUCAGAAUACAUCCCCUGCAGAACUUACAGCAUCGACGUGCAAAAUUUGGAUGCUUCAGUAGAUGAUCAGCAUUCUGCUGAAGUGAUGGAUCCUGCAGCUAAUGGAGAGCAGAGCCUAGAAACAGAGCAGUUGGUUGAGAAACAAAGUUUUGAAUCCGAUUGUCAAGGAAAUGUUUUGAAGGAAAAUGAAGUUGAAGACAUUGUUUUUGUUAAUGAAGAAGAAGAAGAAGAUGAUGACUACGACGACAACAUAGACAAAGAAGAUGCUGCACAGGAAGUUGAAGAUGACAUCUUGGAAGAAGCAAGAAACUCCUCUAUGCAAUCUAACAGUGACAAAUUGUGGCCAGCUGACUCAAACCAGGAACUUCUGUUGGAACAUAAAGAGGAGAUUGUGAAAGAAGUGGAAGAAGGAACCAAAAUUGAAGAAGAUGAACUAUGUAGUGUAGAAAACUGCAAUUUGAAAAGCACACAGAAUGAUGUCACCAUAACAAGUUGCCAACAGAGCUAUGAUGGCAAAGAUGAUUCAACAGUGAAUGUUAUUGAUAGCUACCGAACAAAGCUCAUGUACCUGGAUGAUAUAGCUGCAAUCACUAGGGGAAGGAGAGUGCUUUUGGGAGUACUACUAGCGCUAAUCUGGUACUUUGUGCUUAAAGGCAUUCUUCCUUCUGGUAUAGGGGGAUUCAAGAGUUGAAAUCAGUGAGGCAAAUAAUAUUGCACUCAGCUAAUAUAAUAUGUGUCAGACUGAACAUAAAUAAAUAAUUAUAUGUAUAGUUUGAGCUGAAAAGGAAUGGUGUACGUGCACCUGCUGCAAUGUAGCUCAAACGCUGCCUUCGAGUGGAAAAAAGGAUGGACAUGCAAAAAGAAAGCGAAAUGGGGUACACAUUAUGAAGUUUGGCUAUAUGGAGUAUAAGAUUUCUCCAAGGAGAUAAGCAUAGAGCUAUAGACUAUGCAAGAUAUGAAGCCAUAGGAAGUCCGGUGCAACAGACACUCAACGGCUUACAUCUUUUUCUUUGACUUGCUUUUUUGCUUUAAACGCACGCUUAACGUAAGGACUAUGGGUGUUAAAACUGAUUUUGUUGGACAAGUGUAUUUUUAAGCCUAUAUUAGUUGUUAUUUGAAGGCAAAAAUAGAUCCAAUUUGUAUACUGUACUCACAGUUUCAUUGUGACCAUUGAUGCAAACUUAGCAUAUGUAGCUGA